AAAUCAAAUUAGAGCACACAAAUCGGUCGAGUCCGAGAUCGGCCACUGUUCAAUUUGUACUAAUGUAUUGAUUUCUCGUCGUUCGAGAAUUUUGCCCCUUCUCGAUCUCUAGCUCGAGUCUGUCGACAAUCGUGCAACAUUAUAUCAUUUCGAUCACGCUUUUCUGGAAGAACGACGUGCGAUGGAGAAUAAUGAAAUAUCAGUGAAUGAGCCAGGCAAAUUGCGGCAGUUCAUUUUCACGGUGAUUGUAAAUCUGUCGUCAGUGUGCUAUGGAUUCGUUAUGGGAUGGCAAUCACCGGCAGUUCUUCAACUCCAGGAUGCAAAAUCGCCGGCCGUAGGAGGAGAGCCUAUGUCGGACGAAGGUGUAUCCUGGAUGAAUGGCAUUUUGACUCUAACGGCCACCUUUAUGACAAUGUUGCUUGCGGUGAUACCCGACAAGUUCAGUCGAAAGAGAUUCGGUUAUGCUUUAGCGUUGCCGACGAUGUUAUCUUGGCUGUUGAUCAUGUUCGCAACCGAACACAUCCAUAUCUACAUAGCGAAAGCUUUGGGUGGUAUCACUGGAGCUAGCGUGUGCUUCCUGGUACCGACCUAUGUGUCGGAGAUCUCGUGCGAUAGCAUCCGCGGUAUAUUAGCAAGUUCCAUAGGAUUUUGUGCAAAUUUUGGGAUACUGCUGGCUUACAUCUUAGGCGGCAUGAUGUCUUUGUAUAAUCUCGCUGUGGUCGGCGCGAUUUUGACCGCAUUAUACAUCAUCGCUUUCGCCUUUAUGCCGGAAUCACCGGUCUACCUGGUACGCCAAAAUCGUACGCGUGAAGCAGUUAGAUCGUUGAAUUGGUUGAAAGCUGGAGAUACUGUGAUCGUAGAACAGACAUUGUCGGAUCUACAAUUGCAAAUUAAGGAAACCGCGUGCACGAAAGCCGCCAAGCUAUCGGAUUUGUUUAGAGACCGAGCAACGAUAAAAGGACUAAUUAUCGUCUUGGGAUUGUUCGGUGGUCAACAAUUUGCUGGGAUCUUUGCGGUGAUCAGUUACACGGAGAGUAUUUUCAAAAUGUCCGGCAGUUCGUUAUCACCAAAUAUGUCUUCCAUUAUUGUGGGAGUUAUAAUGCUUCUUGGUGCGUUUCUAUCGACGUCUUUAAUAGAACGUGCGGGUAGACGGUCUUUGCUUUUGAUAUCCUGCGCGGCAAUGUGCAUGUGUCAUUGUGUGAUUGGCACGUUCUGUUACCUCCAGCAGUUACAAUAUGAUGUAUCCGUUUAUGGUUGGAUACCAAUCGCAGCACUCUCUCUCUUUGUGAUAACGUAUGCCCUGGGAAUGGGCAGCGGACCAAUUGUGAUAAUGUCCGAGAUAUUCAGCCGCGAUGUAGCCAGCGUAGCCGCGACUGUGGGUUUUACCAUGGCUUGGAUCUCAGCCUUCGUUCUAGUGAAGAUCUUUGCCGACCUCAUCGCUCUACUAGGCAUGCACGGUUGUUUCUUCCUUCUCGCUAUCUCUUGCGCGUGCAGUUUCAUGUUCUGCUUCGUAUUAGUACCGGAGACUAAAGGACGGACACGCGAAGAUAUUGUCGAAGAGCUCAAUGGAAGGGGGCAGUAUAAAGAAAAGAAGAACGUCAAGCAGGCGGCAAUCGUAUAAAAAUAUAAUCCAUAUGUAUGAAGUGUUCAUCAGAAAGCACUCUGUCAGAGAGAUUUAUAAAAAGAGGAUAUAAGACUCUUAGAUGUAAAUUAGUUCUAAAUAAAGUUUGUAAAUAAAAAAGGAAAAUAUCACUUUAAAAUAAUGAUGGCUUUACAUAAAAUCAGAUGUUUUGUUAUGGAUAAACUUAAUUUGACAAGUCUUAAGUUUGAAGACAUUAUGCGAAUCUUUGUUUAGAGGAAAUAAAUAAAGAAUUGUAGAAUACUCUUAAGAUUUACAUUGAUUGAUGUACUAUAUAUUUAGUUAAAGGUGUGAUUAUGUUUUGGAUGUUUAGUAUUCAUAAUUUAUGGCAUAUAAUAUUCAUAAUAAUGAAGCAUUAGAAAUGUAAGGAUGACAUUAUGCAAUUAGAGAAAAUGAAGAGAAAAAUUUUAAAUACGAAAAAGAAAGAAGAAAACGGAUAAUAUAAUUAUUACGAUGAAGAUGAAAGGUAAUCGUUUGGCUACUAAAUUUACUAAAGAUUUAUAAAAGAAAAGCAAAGGCAUUUAAAUUUUAUCUAGUAAUACAGCACAUGGCGUAUGCAAUGAGAUUUCGAGAUGCUGUAAUGGUGGCAAUAAUCACAAGUCGACGUUCAAAGCACCCAGUCCAAUUUUUCACAAAAAUGAAGAUAUUAAUAUGAUUUUGGCCUAUGAUCUAUGAUAAGGUUUCAUGUCGUGCACAAAUGGUAAUAGGUCAAGAUCAAAAGCUAGUAGCGAGAUAUGAUAGUUACAAAGUAGCUUUUCAAGAUGAUCCAAAUUAUACCGAUAUUGCUAAACAAACAGCCAGGAUAAAUAAAAAAGAAAUUUCUGUGAAAAGAAGAAGAGACGAGAAAUGAAGAGAGAAGACAAGUUGCAAGACAGGAAAUAAGUAGAAAAGAAUACGAUGGAUAGAAUAUAAAAUAGAAUAGAAGUUUCUAAAACGUGUAAAAAUAGAUCAUGAUAUUACAAGCAGUUUAAUAUUAUACAAGAAAAUUCUAAAAACCAGAAAGGGAUUGAUAUUUCACAGAUAUGAAAAUAAGAUGGAGGUAGACAAGAAAUCUAGUCGUUAAAAACGGAAAACAGAAUAUGAGAUCAUAGGACAAAACAGGUGAGAGUUAAUUAAAGAUUGGCCGAUCGGUUCUGCUAAAAUAGAUAAAGGAGGAUACAUCUUAAAUUCUUGACGAGCAUGAAAAAAUUUAUACAGAUAUUUUCAGUGUUGACAAAAGCGGAAUAUAAAAAUAGAUAGUUUUAUCAUAUGAUUUUGCAAUUGUUUUGCCGUCUUGAGAUUAGAGAAAUGUGAUAAUUGACAAUAAAACAUUAUUCGCUCAAUUU